AUGCGUUCCUUCUCUCUCCUUCUCACCACCACCCGGCUGGUCGCCGCAGCGCCCCAACUUUUUGGUGGCAGCGGUCUUUCUGGCGGUCUUAGUAGCCUUUUCGGUGGUCUGGGUGGCUCGAGCGGCGGCCUCGGUAGCCUAGGCGGCUCGAGCGGUGGACUCGGGGGUCUCGGCGGCUCGAGCAGCAGCAGCAGCGGCGGCGGCGGCGGCGGCGAUGAUAUGGCUGGCAUGGACAUGGGCUCCUCCGGCUCCUCCGGCGGGAUGGAUGGCAUGGACAUGGGCGGCUCCGGCUCCUCCGGCGCGGCCCCCACCACCGACGGACCGUUGCCUGAAGGCGCGUUCAUCGAGAAGUCGCUAGAGACGACCAAGGUCCCCGGCACGCAGAUCGUGGAGAUGAAGUACGGGCCGUACUCGAUCGGGCCGAUGGGGAUGUUGGAGAAUCGGAUCGAUGCGAACGUGAAGGUGCCGUGCACGAACUGCUUCAUCACGGGGAUCCAGGCGGAUUUGUACGAUGAUUCGGGAAAGAGCGUGAAUAUCGAUCAGGGGGCGUGGUUGCAUCAUAUGGUGCUGAGUUUGAUGGGGCUAGGGAAUAAGGAUUUGGUGUGUCCGGUUAUGAUCGGGACACAGAGGAUCUUCGCUAGUGGGAAUGAGAGGACGCCGGUUAGGAUCAAUGGCAAGUACAAGUAUGGUAUCAAGGUCGGUGCUGGCGAUAGUAUGAUGCUGCUGUACGAUCUUGUCAACGACUUGGACAAGAAACGGAACUACUAUAUCGUCAUGAAAUACGAAACCACCACCGACCGUGAAUAUAAGGCGGUCUCGAUGGCAUGGCUCGACGUCACGGGCAAUUGCGGCACCUCCUCCGUAAAGCCCCGCAAUGGCCAGUACGACCUCCAGAACUCCGGAUGGACAUCCAGCGUCAGCGGUCGCCUUCUCAGCGCCACUGGCCACGUCCACGACGGAGGCAAGGUGGUGAAGCUGUAUAAGAACGGCGAGGUCAUUUGUACCAGCGAUCAGAUCUACGGCCGGAGGGUUGGGUACACUGAGGGACAAGAUGCCAUGAACCCAGGACUCACGCAUAUCAGCGACACUACCUCGUGUAUCGAUUUUGGCGAUGUUAGAUCGGGAGACAAAUUGAAGAUCGUGGCGACGUAUGACACCGAAGCGCAUGCGUUGAACAAGAUGAUGGAUGGCGAGGAGCAGGAGAUCAUGGGUAUUUCUCAGGUGUAUAUUGGUUCCUAG